AUGCACGCAUGCACUGAGUGCUUCUUUCCUCGCGUUUCUUAUCUUUCGUUCUUGCCUGUUCUCCCUGCAGGCAUGUCGAACCCCCAAGAGAACGACAACGAUGUUCCGGCCUCGAUGGAGGUGCCGCUCUCGACUUCCCUUUUCUCGCGCAGCGCUGACAGCAACACUGUAAAGCAUGCCAAGGCUGUUGCUGAGACACUAUCGCCGGUGCCGAGUGCAUUGGGAAACGGCACUGCUGCUCGCCAACACGGCGCCGUCGUUGAUGAGGCUCACAUGCGCAGUGCAUUGCCGACCCCUCUGCAGCCUGGUAUGGACACGUUGCGGGCCCUGCGCGCCACGGAGGCGCGACUGCGGCAAGCGCAGGAGGCAGAGCUGAGCGUGCUGUUCCGUUUGCGACUUCUUACGGAGGCCUUAGUCGGUGUCGCGCGCCUGCCUAACGCGUUGGCUGCCGCGGGUGCGGCAGCGACGGCGGCACAGGGGAGCGGCGACGCUGAGGACGUCAGUGCGCCGCCCAGCGAGGGUACAUUUCGAGCUGCACUGCCGGCCGUGAUUGCUUGCCCCUUAACCACUGGCAUUGAAGAGGCGACGCGCGCACCAGCGGAGGCGCGCGUCACGAUGCAGUGCGUUUCUAUGCCGCCAGCAGGCCUCUCUGCAGCGGCGAGAGGGCAGUACGCGGCUCUGCGCCGCGCUCUUGCACGGCACUUUUGUGAGCCGGAGGACGGCGGCGUGGGCGGCACGUGUGAUGCCGCCGCCAGCAGCGGGCGCACUCCCAGUACUGCGACACCGGAAAACCCUCAGAGCAUUGAGCAAUACGAGGCGACUCCUUCCGUGCUCCGCUCGCGGACCACUGAAGUUGUCGACACCAACAGCACAGACGCGCCAGGUACCCACGGCGUUGCCGAAAACGGGGCAGGCGCUUCCAACUACCCAGAUACUCGGCAUCGUCGCGCAGUCGAGACGCAGCGGCGCACGCGUUUCUUCAGCGAGCUGCGGUACUGCCCGCCGUCCCUACCGCAGCGAUCAGUGAGCCCACGCGAGCAGCACGCCUCGACUGCUUCUUGUGAUCCGGAAACGUCGAUGGCCGCAAUGAACAUGGACAGCCGCAGCGCAUCGCAGGGCAGACGAGUACCCCACUCGCCGCCAUCAUCUCAUGUGUGUGGCUUGGCCGAUAGGUUUGCAGACACGAAAAGGGGCGAGGGUGCCGUGGCGCUGACGUUGGCGUUGCCAAAGUUUUCACCAGCCUAUGUGGAAGACUCAUGCGCGGAGUCCGCCGUGAACGAAGAGCGGGACGAGUUGAGGGAGGAGGUGGAGGGCGGCCACCAUCGUGAAGAGGCUGAUGAGGCUGCGCUAGCGUCAUACACGCCAGCAGUAUCGCCAAGCUUUGCGACGGUGCUGACAUGCGGGUCCUCACCAACUGUGGUGAAGGUUGGGCCUUGCAGCACUUUGUUUCCAUGCAUUCCUUCGCUUUCAGCUCACCGAACCUCCGCGGUUACCGCGUGGGAGAGCAGCAACCGCGCUGCUCCCGAUGAACAGCGCUCUCAGGACACCCCCACACCGCCGACGUUGAAGUCGUCGCCGCACCGACUCUCUCAGCCACGUAGCGCCACCCCUACCUCGACCUUUGGCGACGCAGACGAGGAGGGGAUGUACUUUCCCAGGCCGCCGCCGGCCAAGACGCAUCGCCGUGCUGAAGUCGAUGCCGAGCUUUCAUCAUGCUUCCCUGCCAUGGGCAACGGUGGUAGCGCUUCUACAGGGGCCGAUGUGACUUCCGUUUUCUUCACCAUGUCAAGUCCAACUACCUCAGCGCCGUCCCUUCGUCGUUGUCUGGCCUUUGGCAGUGACCAUGACGAGUCGGAUGCCGAGUCAGCAAGAGCUCCCCAUUCGGAGAAGCGCGGAAGGGUGGCGGCUUCGUCAUCGAUGCACAUGGGGGACAGAAGCUGUAAGGAAGCACCACAAACGGUGAGCGCCGCGCGCGAUAUGCCACUGCCACGGACGCCGACGCGCGUGGUGACUGCCACAGACAUACUUGCCACCAUCACUGCCCUUCCACGCCCAUCGUCAUCGUCAUCGUCGUCGUCGCUCCGUUUAAAGCGGCCCACGGCGCGGCGUGCACAUCGUGGCGGCAAGGACACCGGUGCGACGGGUAAGGUGAAUGCAUCGCCUGCAGAAGGUCAGCCGACGCACCGUGGCGUGUGCAAGCGGAGACGGGGGAGGGGUGACGAGUGGGGACGCAUCGACGUGAAUGAUGAGGUCCUUGCGGCAAUGCCGUUGGCGGGUUUGCCAUCUCUUGGCAAGGAUGUGUCGUUGAGCGCUGUCGCUGGGUUGGGCCGACCGAUGUGCGAAGAAACUGCCAAUGACCGACAUCGGAGAUCGGCGACGGCACGCCGCACCGAGAGUGACGGCCAUCAACGCACAAUGUUCGAGGGGGAGCACGUUCCCUGUGGCUACGUGCGAACCCGUGAGCAGCGGAUCCAGGACAUUGUGCGGACAGAGCAGGUGUUCAGCGCUGUGCGUGCAGCAUGUAGCCCACUGCCGACUACAUCUUCACAGACCCCUCCGCGAUGCCUCGGAGCUGACACCGAGUGCGAUGGCGUGCUGCUGUCCCCUUCGCCGCCUCUCUCGCAGAACACACCACGCCAGUUCUGGGACAUUAACUUCCCUUGA